UGGUUGGGUUCGCUUGCGCUGCCCGCGGCCCGGCGUCCUGAGUUCCCGCUCUCCUGCGUCCGCCUUCUCCCUUCCCCCCUCCUUGCCGACUCUGUGCUCGCCUCGGCCUCCUGCUCCCUCCCCCCGGCCCCGGCUCAGCGGCCCUAUGGCGUACAGUCAGGGCGGCGGCAAGAAGAAAGUCUGCUACUACUAUGACGGUGAUAUUGGAAACUAUUACUAUGGACAAGGGCAUCCGAUGAAACCUCAUAGGAUUCGAAUGACCCACAACUUGCUGCUAAAUUAUGGCUUAUACAGAAAAAUGGAAAUAUAUCGACCCCACAAAGCUACUGCAGAAGAAAUGACCAAGUACCAUAGUGAUGAAUACAUAAAAUUUCUCCGAUCAAUAAGGCCUGACAAUAUGUCUGAGUACAGCAAACAGAUGCAGAGAUUUAAUGUUGGAGAAGAUUGUCCUGUAUUUGAUGGCCUGUUUGAGUUCUGUCAGCUGUCAACUGGAGGCUCUGUUGCUGGGGCAGUAAAAUUGAACAGACAACAGACAGACAUGGCUGUUAAUUGGGCUGGAGGACUUCACCAUGCCAAGAAAUCAGAGGCAUCUGGUUUCUGUUAUGUCAAUGAUAUUGUGCUUGCUAUCCUUGAGUUACUGAAGUAUCACCAAAGAGUGUUGUAUAUUGAUAUUGAUAUCCAUCAUGGUGAUGGUGUUGAAGAAGCAUUUUAUACUACAGAUCGUGUCAUGACAGUAUCAUUCCAUAAGUAUGGUGAAUAUUUUCCAGGCACAGGGGACCUUAGGGACAUUGGUGCUGGAAAAGGCAAAUACUAUGCUGUCAACUUUCCAAUGAGAGAUGGUAUAGAUGAUGAAUCAUAUGGACAGAUAUUCAAACCAAUUAUAUCCAAAGUAAUGGAGAUGUACCAGCCCAGUGCUGUGGUAUUACAGUGUGGAGCAGAUUCACUGUCUGGUGACAGGCUGGGAUGUUUUAAUCUUACUGUUAAAGGUCAUGCUAAAUGUGUGGAAGUUGUAAAAACUUUUAACUUGCCAUUGCUGAUGUUGGGAGGAGGAGGAUAUACAAUUCGUAAUGUUGCUCGAUGCUGGACAUAUGAAACUGCUGUUGCCUUAGAUUGUGAAAUUCCUAAUGAGUUGCCAUACAAUGACUACUUUGAGUAUUUUGGACCAGAUUUCAAGCUUCAUAUUAGUCCUUCGAAUAUGACUAAUCAGAAUACACCCGAAUAUAUGGAGAAGAUCAAGCAACGCUUAUUUGAAAACUUGCGUAUGCUACCUCAUGCACCUGGUGUACAGAUGCAGGCCAUUCCUGAAGAUGCUGUUCACGAAGACAGUGGUGAUGAGGAUGGAGAAGAUCCAGACAAACGCAUUUCUAUUCGAGCAUCUGAUAAGCGCAUAGCCUGUGAUGAAGAAUUCUCAGAUUCUGAAGAUGAAGGGGAAGGUGGACGACGAAAUGUUGCAGAUCAUAAGAAAGGAGCAAAGAAAGCCAGGAUAGAGGAAGACAAAAAAGAGACGGAGGACAAAAAAGCAGAUGUUAAAGAGGAGGAUAAAUCCAAGGACAGCAGUGGUGAAAAGACAGAUGCCAAAGGAGCAAAAUCUGAACAGCUCAGCAAUCCUUGAACAAAAGAUAGCUCUCAUCAGUUGCAGAACAUAAUACUAGAGUUGGAGAAUAUCUAAAAGAAGAAAAGUUUUCAUAUGGAGAGAGACUGCUGAUUUCAUUUUGUACUAUUUGGCAUGGACCGUAUUUAUUUUCAAACGGCUUUGUUCUGGUUUUUGGCAAGUUGUAUUGUGAGUUUUCUAAUUAUGAGGCAGAAAUUCUUUUCUUCACCAUGCUUUAUGUAAUAGUAUUUAAAAAUGGAUGUGAGUUAUUAUGUUAAAUGUCUAAACUGAUCUAUUAAAGUAAUUUGCCUUUCCUGA